UCAAAAAUAAAACGUAGAGUUUAAACACGCGCGCGCGCUCACGUCUCUGUUCUAAAAAUGCAUUAGUCUUGGCUCACGUCGGUUGAGUGUUGACCAUCAUUAUUAACGUCCGGAAAUUAUUAACGAGAAAUAAUAAGACACAUAACAUUUAAAAUAAAUAACGGCCAAAACUCAUAUUAAAUCGUUAUUUUAUUAUACCUCCGGUUUAAUUUUUUUCACGGGCGUAAUUACUUAUUCAAUUUUUUGUGACAACGCGAAAUUAUUUAGACAUUUAAAUGGCUCAGCUAAUAAAUUUGAAAUUAUCCAGGCACGACCAAUCGUCUCCGUGGGGCUUUAGAUUACAAGGAGGCAAAGAUUUUGGGACACCAUUGCUCAUACAAAAGGUGAAUUUCGGCAGUUUAGCCGAGAAAUCUGGUCUUCAAGUAGGCGACGCCCUAGUUAGAGUCAAUAAUCAAGAUGUGUAUGACGUGAAGCACAAGGAUGCCCAAGAUGUUAUCCUGGGAGCUGGGAACGCUUUUGAAGUGACCAUACAACGUGGUGGAACAAGUACAUGGAAACCGUCAGUAACACCUGUUGGACCAAGUCCAGUGCCCAGCCGUCUGUCCCAAUCUCCACAAAUACUGACAAAAACAUCAUUGGCCAAAGUUGGACCACAAUCUCCUGCAUUUGGUUCUUCGCACAAUUCUGUUUCACGGCCAUACAGUGGAACUUCAUCUCCUAAAGUUAAUCCGAGUGGAUACAAUAAUGAUUCUGGUACUGUUAAAGCUAUUGUAAAUAAACAGUACAACACACCAGUAGGUAUUUACAGUGAGGAGAACAUUGCUGAGACGCUUACAGCUCAAGCGGAAGUAUUGGCUGGAGGAGUAUUAGGAGUCAAUUUUAAGAAAAACGAAAAGAAUUACGAAGCUAAUAAUAGCGAAGUGUUAAGAAUGGUACAGGAAGCCGAUAAGGAACCAAGGGAUUUAAAUACAGACCUACAAUCGAAAUUCGCAUAUUUCUCGGCUUCGAGCCAUGCGAUAGGGGGCCGUGCUACAUCACCGCGCCCUAUGACACCUAUAGCAGCAAACAUGCACAUGCCCGAACAGCGCGAUCCAUAUUUGGGUUCUCCUUUGAAAGAACUGGACGUGGAGAAUGCCAAGCGUAUUGAGUGCAGUGAUUGCAGAAACGAUGUUAUCGGUGUGUUCGUACGCAUCAAAGAUAAAAGUCUGCACGUCGAGUGCUUUAAAUGCGCCACUUGUGGAUCGUCUCUGAAAAACGUGGGCUAUUUCAACAUCAACAACAAAUUGUAUUGCGACAUUCAUGCCAAAAUGGUUGCCAGACAAAAUCCACCGACACCAAAUUUGGAACCAGUUACAGUAGCACCAGGCUCAAAUCCGCCUUUAGGAUCGUUCAAUAUAAUACCAACUAAACCGAAGGACGUACAAUCCGUGCAAUCACCACAACCAAGCACCUUAUCGCCAAUACCAUUCCACGCUCCAAAAGCUCCUAGUCACGUAAACGCCCCCAAACAGCAGACUCCGUCGAAAGUUUUUUCGAAUGCUAAACCAUACGAAGCACCAAAACAAACACCAACUCCUCCGAUGUUCUCUGGUGGAUACAGCCAAGUUCAGACCGGCUUCAACUCUCAAUUGAAAACAAAAUCUAUUACUUCAGGUGGUCAGCCGACGGGAAGAACUGGUGCUUCAGCGGGUCUUACAGCACCCAGAAGGGGUCGUGGCGUGCUGAACCCACAAAAUUUAACCCCGGGUGCUAGAGUGCCGUUGUGUGGACAAUGCAAUUUGUACAUAAGAGGACCAUUUAUUACCGCUCUCGGCAAGAUUUGGUGUCCGGAACAUUUCGUGUGCACAAAUGAAAAGUGCAGACGUCCAUUACAAGACAUUGGUUUUGUGGAGGAAGACAACGGGCUGUACUGCGAAUACUGUUUCGAGCAAUAUCUCGCUCCAGUGUGCUCCAAGUGCUCCAAGAAAAUCAAAGGGGAUUGCCUGAAUGCCAUUGGAAAACAAUUCCAUCCAGAAUGUUUCAACUGUACAUAUUGCGGCAAACUUUUUGGUAACAGCCCGUUCUUUUUGGAAGAUAGUCUUCCAUAUUGUGAAAAUGAUUGGAAUGAAUUGUUCACGACUAAGUGCAUAGCUUGUGGUUUCCCAAUUGAGGCGGGUGACCGUUGGGUCGAAGCUUUAAAUAGCAAUUAUCAUAGUCCGUGCUUCAAUUGCUCGAAAUGUAAGGUAAAUUUGGAAGGGCAGAGUUUCUAUGCGAAAGGAGGAAGGCCAUAUUGCAAAAGCCACGCACGCUAAUAUCAAAUACAUACGUCAAUUGACCAUUGUGAAUAAUUAUUGAUAACUUACCAAACAAUUUUUAUUGACAUGUACAACCAUUUCAUUUUAAACCAUUUAUUUAUUUUCUAGUUUAGUUUUAGCUUAAAUAAUCCAUACAUUUUUAGACUUAGAUGAUGCUUAUUUUAAAUUUAUUAACAAAAUUGUACCAACAAUUUGUUCAAGCAUAUACUUUAAUCAUUUAUUCAUUAAUUAUUACUUAUUACGUAGAUACCAAAUGUGUAUUUAGGUGAACACAUUACAGUUUAAAGUUAUAUAACAUUUUUUUUAGAUUAACAUAUCAAGCGAAAUACAUAUAGUUUUGGUAGGGACUUGCCCCUCACCAAUUAUUAUUUAUAGCCUUAUAUUUUGUAAUCCAUUAGGUUAACUAUUAUAAAUCGAAUAUUUCUUUAUUUGUCAAAAAUGUUUUGUUAGAGGUAAUGACUUUAAUUAAAUUGUGGUAUCAUAUUUUUGAGCCAUUUAAGUACAGAACUGUAUGCAGUCUAGCUUGUUAUGUGUGUUACCCUUAAUGAUUUAUUAAAAUAAUUAUUGUAAUAUUUUUAUUUGGCUUUUACCUAAACAACAUACAUGUUACCCAUUUUAAAUAUUAUAUAUUAUAAAUAGCACCUAGGUAUCUACCUAUUUAAUUA